AUGAUAGAAACGAAUGGUCUGAGUGGGCAAGCACCUAACGGGUCAAAGCUGGACACGGCCAGAGCGGGCGAGCUUGAGGUUUUGCUGCAACAUUGCGUUGAGAAACUGGUCGAGUUUGUCCGCAGCGCAGAUGGCGAAGUACAGUCGCAUCAGACACAGCAAGAGAUCUCAAAAUCAUGCUUGGUGGACUAUCACUCGCCUCGCGCGCUAUCGGAAGUUCUUGGUGACAAGAUCAGCCUAGCCCAAGAUGGCACCGGCUUGGACGGCUUUAGGACCACGGUAGACACACUUCUCCGCUACAGCGUCAACACAUCCGCGCCAGGUUUUCUCGAUAAGCUCUACUCCGCGCCGCUGGCCCCUGGCAUUGCUGCUGAGCUGAUCCUAGCGGUACUAAACACCAACGUGCAUGUCUACCAGGUCUCGCCAGUGCUCACCCUGAUCGAGAAGUACACGACUAAAACGUUGACACGAUUGUUCGGCUUUGAUGGGCCGAGAUGUGGUGGCAUCAGCGUCCAGGGUGGCAGUGCGAGCAACACGACGUCUAUCGUCAUUGCAAGGAACACGUUGUUCCCGCAGACCAAAGUCCAUGGUAAUCAUGCAGACGGACUGGAUCUGGUGCUUUUCACCUCUGCGCAUGGGCACUACUCGAUCGAGAAAGCUGCUCAACAGUGCGGCUUUGGCUCCGCUGCCGUGGUCUCAGUGCCGGUCGAUCCUGAGACAGGCAGUAUGAUAGCGUCAGAGUUCUCCCAUCUGGUCAAGCAAGUGAAGUCGCAAGGCAAAACUCCCUUCUACGUCAACUGCACGGCAGGAACGACAGUGCUCGGGUCAUUCGACCCCUUCACAGAGAUCUCGGCCAUAGCUAAAGAGCACAACAUGUGGAUGCACAUUGACGGAGCAUGGGGCGGUAGCUUCGUCUUCUCACCAUCACUAAGCAGAGAUCGUCUGAGGGGCUGUCAUCUGGCGGACUCGAUAGCCAUCAAUCCUCACAAGAUGAUGGGCAUUCCGGUCACCUGCUCUUUCCUUCUGGGCAAAGAUCUAAAGCAAUUCCACACGGCGAACACUCUCAAAGCCGGCUACCUGUUCCAUGAUGCAGACGAGGAAGGCGAUAGCGCUCCCAAUAGCUCCAUGAACAGCAAUACUGGCACAGCAGAGGACGCCUGGCAGGAGCCGAACGAUCUCGCAGAUAUUACUUUGCAAUGCGGCAGACGAGGCGACAGCUUGAAGGCGUUCAUGGCUUGGCAGUACUACGGUACAGGUGGCUACACAGAGAAGGUCGAGAACGCUUACAACACAGCAUGCUUCCUGGCGGAGCUAGUAGCUGCGUCGCCUGAUCUGCUGCUCGUGUCAUCGAAUCCACCGCCUUGUCUGCAGGUCUGCUUCUACUACGCACCCGGCGGUAAGUCCCUCUACGGAGACCAAGCUGGUAGCGACACUAGCAAGACCUCAAGUGGUCCAAAGGCGGCCGAAAUGAACGGCAAGCAGAACUCCAAGGUCACCGAAAAGAUCACCCGGGCACUCGUGCAGAAGGGAUUCAUGAUCGAUUUCGCUCCUGCCCUAGAGGGCCAGGAGGCGAGCGGGAAAUUCUUCAGAGCUGUCGUGAACAUCUCUACGCCGCGGGAGACGGUGCUGAGGCUCGUCAAGAGUGUCGAGGAAGUUGGUAGGGAGGUCCGUCAGCAGCUGGUGGGUGAGCUGCAGAAGGCCGACGGCUUAUAG